AUGUCUAGUCAGCGUCUUGUCCUAGGCCUCCCACGUGUCUUGCCGUCGCUGCCGCCUUCGCCUGCGCCGCCGUGUCGUCCCUGCGUCGAGGGUAGGCUGCGCGCCACCCCUCACUCCUCCUCCCUUCGUCCGGCCACCGAGCCUUUUGAGACGCUUCACUUGGACGUCUGGGGCCCAGCCCCUCGUCUAGGCCCUGAGCGUGAGCGUUACUUUCUGGUGGUAGUUGACGACUUCUCCCGCUACACCACAGUGUUCCCUCUGGCGAAGAAGUCUGAGGUGACUUCUACGCUGAUCAGGUGGUUGCUCACCACUGAGGACACUCGUGGUCGUCGUGUCAGCUGUCUCCACUCCGACCGUGGGGGUGAGUUUCGCUUCGGCAUUCUCGCUGGAUUCUGUCGCGAGCAGGGCAUUCGUCAGUCCUGGACGCUUCCAGAGUCCCCACAGCAGAAUGGGGUUGCUGAGCGCCGCAUAGGCCUGGUCAUGGAGAUCGCCCGCACCUCCCUGACUCACGCCUGUGCCCCCCAUUUUCUGUGGCCCUACGCGGUCAGGUACGCCGCGCACCAGCUGAACCUCUGGCCACGUGUCUCUCGACCAGAGGUUUCACCCACCAGUCUUUGGACAGGGUCCCCUGGUGUUGCGUCACGGUUUCGUGUCUGGGGGUGCUUGGCUCUUGUCCGCGACACCUCCGCGGACAAGCUCUCGCCUCGUGCCGUCCCCUGUGUCUUCCUUGGUUUUCCUGAGGACUCCUCUGACUUCACCUUUUACCACCCUCCCUCUCACCGGUUCUUUGACUCCCGUGACGUCCGUUUCGAGGAGUCCACUCCGUACUACGUCAGGUACCCCAGUCGAGGUCUCCCGGUUCCUCCUCCCCCCCUCUUCCUGACUGCCGUUCCCCCUCCUGCUCCCCCGGUACAGCCUCCCCCCCCUGGUCCAGCCCCGUCAGGUGUGUCCCAGGCUACCCCUCCUCCUUCGGUAGCCCCUCCGGUACAGCCUCCCUCCCCACAGUCCUCCUCGCAGCGUGCCGCUGGUGCUAGCUCUCGAGAGGUUGGUGCGGCGCCUGUUCCUGUACCGGUUUCUGGUUCUGGGGGUGCUGGAGUUGGAGCUGGAGUUGGAGCUGGAGUUGGCACUGGAGUUUGUGGUUCUGGGGGUGCUGGAGUUGGAGCUGGGGUUGGAGCUGGAGUUUCUGGUUCUGGAGUUGGAGCUGACCCGGUGGGUGCAGAGGACUCUUGUCGUCCGGGAGCUGGUGCUGGCUGCGCGGACACUGGGGGUGCUGCGUCUGGGGGUGAGGGUGCGCCUCCUUCGGGUUCAGGUGAGCCUGGGUCUGGAGCUGGUGUUAGUGCUGCCUCUGGGGGUGGUGCGCCUAGUUCUUCUGGGGUGGACUCUGGAGCUGCCGCUGCUUCGGACACUACUCCACCCCCCCACCCCUACCCGACUAGGCAUCAGGCUCGUGUUCGCCGUGCCCGUGACGAGCAGCUGGCGUUGGAGAGAGAGGAGAGGGAGUUACAGCGGCUGGAGGAGCAGCAGCGGCAGCUGGACCCGCAGGAGCAGCAGUCCCAGCAGCAGCCGCUUCUGCAGCAGCAGCAGUCGCAGCCGCAGCAGCAGCAGCCACUUCCUCCUCCUGUCUCGGGUCUUCGGAUCCUUGGUCUCCCCUCCCCUUCUCCUCCCUCCUCCGCCUCUCCUCCUGUCUACGGUCCCACGUUUCCUCCUCCUGACUCCUCCCCCGCUGUUUUCCCCAGUUCUCCGCCCUUGUCCUCUUCUCCUCCGUCUCGUUCUUGGGCUACUCGUCGCUCCCCUCGUGCUCGUCCCUCGUCUCCUGUUCCCUUCACUGACCUUCGUACUGCCUUCCUUCUUUCUAGUCCACCUCGUCCGUCUCAGUCUGUGCUUCCGUCUCCUCCUGAGUCGGCCCUCACUGUGUCGCUCCCUACUCCUGUCACUGACUACUACCGCACGUACCGUCCUGUUCUCUCUCGUGUUCUCGCCUCUCUUGUUACUCACCCUCGUGCCUCUGUGUCCUCUAUGUCCGCUCUUACUGCCGCAGUUACUGACUUUGCCUCUACCCGCCGCCUUGACUACGCCACCACGCUUGUGGCUGCUCCUCCUACCAGUCCUCUGGCCGUCGGGGGUGUGUCUGCCCUUGGCUGUGACGCCCUAGAGGACACGCAGUUUGAGCUAGAGUUCCUGGCGGCCGCUUCCCCUCAUCUCUGUGCCAUGCUCCUCGCCCCUGAGGGUGACCCCGACGCCCUUGACAUUCCGACUCCUCGCACUUACGCUGAGGCAGUGGUGAAGCGGCCACCGGGAUCUCCCCCGGUCUUCAAGGCGCGCUACGUGGCUAGAGGUUUCAGUCAGCGCGAGGGAGUUGACUUCUUUCAGACCUUCGCACCUACCCCGAAGAUGACCACUCUUCGGGUGUUACUACACGUAGCAGCACAGAGAGACUACGAGUUACACUCUCUCGACUUCUCCACUGCUUUCCUUCAGGGCAGCCUAUACGAGGAGGUCUGGUUGCGUCGUCCCUCGGCCUUCACUGGCACCUUCCCUCCUGGGACCCAGUGGAGGCUGAGGCGACCUGUUUACGGUCUUCGCCAGGCCCCUCGUGAGUGGCACGACACUCUGCGUUCUACCCUCUCUGACCUUGGGUUCCAGCCGUCUUCUGCCGACCCGUCGCUGUUCGUUCGUCGUGGCUCCACACCGUUCUUUGUUCUGGUCUACGUCGACGACCUCGUUUUCGCCACUUCGGACAGGGUUGCUUUGGCAGACGUGAAGUCCGAACUGCAGAAGAGACACACGUGCACUGAUCUUGGUGAGCUGCGCCACUACCUUGGCCUGCAGAUCACCAGGGACAGAGCCGCUCGCACCAUUACACUCUCACAGUCACACAUGGUGCAGCAGGUCCUUCAGCGGUUCGGGCUUCAGCACUCCACCGUACAGCGCACACCUCUAGCUGUUGACCACAGACUCACUGGUCCCUUUCCUGACGAGCCGUUUGAGCCUAGUGGUCCCUACGCAGAGCUUGUGGGUUGCCUCAUGUACCUGAUGACUUGUACUCGCCCGGACCUCGCCUUCCCUCUCAGCAUCCUUGCGCGCUUUGUUGCGCCAGGGAGACACCGUCCUGUUCACUGGACGGCAGCUGUGAGGGUGGCGAAGUACCUAGCGACUACAUCAGGCGUGGGGCUAGUUCUUGGAGGGCAGCAGUCUGUCGUACUCACUGGUCACUGUGACUCCUCUUACGCUGACGACGCUGAGACUCACAGGUCUACUCAGGGGUACUGUUUCAGUCUGGGUUCUGGAGCUGUUUCCUGGCGUUCCACGCGCUCCUCUUCUGUCUCAACCUCUAUAGCUGAGGCUGAGAUUUACGCUGGUGCCAUGGCGGCACAGGAGUUACGGUGGUUGACCUUCUUGCUCGCCGACCUUGGUGAGCGGCCGAGCUCUGCACCGACCUUGUUUACUGACAACAAGGCGUCGAUCCUCCUCUGUCGUGAGCCGCGACUGGAGAGCAGAGUGAAGCACAUUCACGUCAGGUACUUUCUUCUGCGAGAGUUGCAGAGGCGUGGACAGGCUCGCUUCGAGUUUGUAGAGUCCGAGGCCAACACUGCAGACAUCUUCACCAAGGCGCUUCCGCCUUGUGACCACCAGAGGUGUUGUGUGCAGUUAGGCCUUGUUGACACAGGUUCUAGUCAUGCGUAG